UUUGAGCCAUAUUUGUUUUUGAAUAGGUAGAAAACGUACUUAGUUUUGAUAUAGAGACUAAAUAUAAAACGAUUGAGAAGUUUUUUUAUUUGUGUUAACGUUUGGUUUCGGCCGUGCCUACCGGGAUUGUACAGUUUAGUUUACAAAUGCAGGGUAUUGGAUUUAUUGUUGCGUAAAAUUCUUAUAUAGUUAGUAGAAGCGCAUUUCAUUUUGGUGGUUAGUUAGUUUUUUUUGUUGAAGUAAUACUUUAUAUAAUGCUCGUUUGUAAGAUGUGCUAUUGACGUUUGCCGCAGUCGUUCAGAAUAGAAAAGAAAAUGAGCAGCUCUGAGGAGGUGUCGUGGAUUUCAUGGUUCUGCGGCCUUCGUGGAAAUGAGUUCUUUUGUGAGGUGGAUGAGGAUUAUAUCCAGGACAAGUUUAACUUGACAGGCCUGAAUGAGCAGGUGCCGCACUAUCGUCAGGCUCUGGACAUGAUCCUUGACCUGGAACCAGAUGAUGAACUGGAUGACAAUCCAAACCAGUCGGAUUUGAUAGAGCAGGCUGCCGAGAUGUUGUACGGCUUGAUACACGCUCGCUACAUUCUCACCAACCGUGGCAUUGGUCAAAUGAUCGAGAAGUACCAGUCUGGAGACUUUGGCCACUGUCCCAGGGUCUAUUGUGAGAGCCAGCCCAUGCUGCCCAUUGGCUUGUCGGAUGUGCCCGGGGAGGCCAUGGUGAAAACCUACUGUCCCAAGUGCAUGGACGUGUACACCCCCAAGUCGUCCCGUCACCACCACACGGAUGGCUCUUACUUCGGCACGGGAUUCCCCCAGAUGCUGUUCAUGGUGCAUCCCGAGUACCGGCCCAAAAGGCCCACCAACCAGUUUGUACCCAGACUAUAUGGCUUCAAAAUCCACCCGCUAGCUUAUCAGAUCCAGCAACAGGCAUCCACCAAUUUCAAGGCUCCUCUAAGAGCCAUGAGCUACAACAACGGGAAGCGCUAAUCUUUUGUGGAUAGCAGAUAGUAAUAUUUGUUGCUACCGUGGAAUCUGGAUGGAGGUGUGUUGGACACAGCACUGACAACCAUCGCUGACACCUCCUGCCAGGAGUCUGCAUUAAUUUACAUUUGAAGAUUUCAAGUUAAAAACUGAUUCUGUUAACUGUUGCGAAUCACUUUUUUAUGUAUCGUAUAAUUGACCGUCAUUGAUUAGUUUAAAGUGUCUGUGUUUCAGGCCAGUAAACUAUUUUGAAAUGAAGAAUUUUCAUUUUACAACAAAACCAGUUAUAAUUAUUUUUGAAAAUUAGUAGAAUUUUUUAAACAUUUUUUUUAAACACUAGUCCCAUUAAAUUACUGCCAUUAUGAUGUGCUCUGAUUCAAAUCAGUAAGUAGUCUUUUACUAAUAUUCAGAUGGUCUUUUUUCAUUCUAACAUUGCAAACAUUCUAUGAAUUAGUAAGAACUAAGUGUAUCCUUAUUUUAAAAAAAAUACUGGGCUAGUUUAGUAGAUGGUCACAUGUUUAUAAAGACUUGCACAAGGUAUGGAAUUUUCGGGUGUCUACUGUGUUACAGAAAUAAAAAUUUGUGACUUUUUCUUGACCUUCUCAUGUUUUUUCUUACACUAUCACAGAUUGUGUCUGUUACUGAGUUUAUGUUGCUCUCUUGACAAAAUUUGUUUUCCUCAAGCAUGUUUAAAAUGUGUGGAGUGUACAACAAACUCCAGCCUUUAUUAAAACAUCAAAUCAACAUUCCAGCAUUUGUUAUCUUAAAGGUGAUCAAUAAAUUUGUAUCAAAAGCAACAUAUUUUAGUUAUUUAAAUAAUAAUUCAUUGAAUAUGAUUGACUUUUUUUAAUUUUUUUAGUGACUGUGAAAUUUCUUAAGAUUGGUAACUUCUUGGUGACUUAAGUGACUGUCUUGAUCCAGUAGACACCCUUUAUUUACCUUAAGUGGAGCACUUAUCAUCAGCAUUUAUUUGGACCUCAACUGUUUUGAGUAAUAUAAAAAUUUCUGAUAGCAGUAGGUAAUUACCAAGAUCUUUAAAGUUGUGACAGUAGACUGUAAAAGCUAUAGAAAGGCGGGCACUAUUAGUGUUUGAGUAUAAACUCAUUUAUGAGUAAUUGCCACAAAAUUAUUAUUUGUCAUUGUAGAACAAUUAUUAUUUAAACCCAAGCCACACUUUCAUUGAAACCGCAGGAUCAGAUCAGACACAUCCAACACCAUCUAUCUGUCUGUUUGCCAGACAUCUGACCUUGUAUUCUAAUAUGCAAAAAAAAAAAGUAAAACAAAAGUGGAAAUAUGUAGUCUGGCACAGGGGCGCAACAACGGGGGGGGGGGGGGGGGGGAAGAAGGGUAUUUUGCCCCCCCCCCCCCCCCCCCCCCCUCUGAAACCUUGAAGUGGGGGCAAACGGGGGCAAAGAAAGUGCUGUGUAAUCAAUUUUUAGAUAAUAAAACUGCUUAAAUAGCACCAUUUUCCACCUUGAAAUACAAAUUUUCCCGGGGGAGGACCCCCGGACCCCCCGCUUCAAUAGGGGGAUCGAUGAUUCUUUAUAAAAAGGUAUAUUGCCCCCCCUUUGGAAAUUUAGUUGUUGCGCCCCUGGUCUGGCACUUCGUUGCAAGCUUAAUGAAAUUGCAAUGGCUUCUUCAGUUGAAAACUUGGUUUGAAGUAAGAAGUUCUGUAGUGUUUGUUAAAUUUAUGAAGCCACGCUAACAGGGUGUCCACAGUUAGUACUUUCGUACUAGAUCUAGUACUUUUAUAAGUUUUUUAGUGGUCUAGUACAUUUACGCUCAGAUCUAGUACUUUUUUUCUUUAAUAUAAUAAUAAUACAGUAACUCCAAUAUGUUUUAUUAUUAAGCAUAAUUAUUUUUAAAAACUAUGGAAUGUAUGUGUGUGUGUGGUGUGAUAUUUAAGUUAGACCAUUGCAAUUUCAUAAUAACUUCCUAAAUUGUUAAAACCAUAACAGAUAAUAAUUUAGUACUUUUUUUUUUCAAAUCUAGUACUUUUUUCUUGCCUAAGUUGGUACGAAAUAUUUUUUCCUUGUGGACACCCUGCACGCUAAUGAAAAAUUACAAUUGUAGGACAGACAUGGAAUAUUUUUAUCCUGUUCAGUCAAAGUUUACAUUUAAAUACCAACACUUUUCUUAAUUGUUAUCAUGUCAUUGUAAAAAUGCUACAUCAAGUUUGCCAUAAUAUUGACGUGGUUUCUUAAUGUUGUAAGUUGUAAAAAAGAAAUUGUCGGAUGUUUCUCAUAUUUCCUAGGAUGUCUCCUGCCAAUGAAAUACACUUAUGUAUGAAUCAAUGCAACUGUUCAGCGGCUGUGUUAGAUUCACCUGUGUGACUCGUGUAACUUCAGCUGUAGUUGUGCAGCCUGUCAGAAUUUAAACUUCAUAGCACAGCAGUCAGGUUUACCACAGUCACUUACAGGUGAAACAGAUGGAUUAGUUCUUUCCAUUGUGUCAAGUCAGGCUGGUUGUAGGGGUUAGGGGUGCUCCAUUGCAUUAAUGUUAGUGAUGUGUCGGUCCUGGUUCUCAUUUCUGGUUUGUCGGUUCUCGGCAAAUAAACUGGCACCAAGAACCAUAAAUAUAAUCCCUGUUAAAAAAAAAAAAACCCUCCUUCACCUUUCCACUUACUGUGAAAAAACGUGACUUCUCGUGAAAUGCCGUUAUUGUCUCGGGGGACCAACAGACAAAAUACUUUUUUAACUUCACUUAAAACCAAUAAAUAUAUGCUAGCAGCACCCUGUGUGACAGUGAAAGUAAAUGUUCAGAAAUCUUCACUUCCCUUCCACCACUCCUUGCCGAAUGUAAACAGAAGAGAUCUUUGUGCAGAGAUCCUGAUCCUUUUCGUUUGUCCCUCCUUUCACUACAAGAAAGCAAUAAUCAUUUCAACUAAAAGUAGACCAAUGGUAACAUUGGUUAAAAAUACUUUAAAAACUUAUAAACUACACAAUUUUUUAAUACUCUUCAUCUGUAGGUAAUGCAACUAUUUUUGCAGCUCUAUAACACAACUUGACCAACAAAUAUGUGUUAGUAUAUUCUUUCAACAGACCUCUGUUAACUUGGAGGUUACAUACCUCAACCAUUAAAAUUUAUAAUACUUAUUGCAACUUGCAGUUAUUUUCGUAACUUUGCAAUUGCCACCAUUAGAUUUAUUAUAAUUUUCUUAAAAUUUUGUGAACAUAUAUUUAUAUUUUUUCAAAACAAAUUUUAAUUGAUAUGUUUAAAUUGAAUACUGACCCAGCGAAAAAAAAUUGCUAAUGCGUAUUACUAGAUAUUGCUGUGCUACAGGAUGUCUGGUAAAGUGCUGCUCCAGACAUCCGGUGAAUGUGAAGCAACUUUGCUACUUAGGGGAUAGGUAAAGUGGGGUGCUGAUAACUGAUAGUCAUAUUGAACAAAUAAAAACACCAUCUAUUAGGACACAAUGCAUCUUUGGUGUGACUGGAAAUUGUAUGAAGUUUAACCUAAAUCCAAGAAUCUAUUUUUAAGAACCCGAACUGAAUCUAGGUCCAGGAAAAAAGUAGAAUCAACACAUCACUAAUUAAUGUAUUUGUGAAGUAAUUUGUUACAAUUAGAAUGAUUUACAUGAUGUACAUGUUUCAUCAACAUUCAUAGCGUUAAUAUACAGAAAAUUUUAGCAGAGCAAUAUUUUGUAGUAAAUGUUUGUUGAUAUUGUUUAAAUUUGUUUAAGGACAAUGUUUUAAGACCUUUACUUUUUCUGUCAAAACAAUUUUUUUUCUUCAGGUUGCUGAUUACAUGAAUUUUUUUUCAGUACCUUUGUAUGUUACAUAUGAUAAUGCUGUGAUAAAUGAGAUAUUGCACGCAAUUGCUAUUAUUAUAUGUUAUGUAAGGUACCGAAAGUAAAUUUUUUAUUAGACGUAUAAUUUGUGAUUGUAAUAUUGUACCCUACUUAUUUAAACAUAGUAAUUGAGCAUUAAGAACCUAAGAGGCUGAACUCUAAUCAUGGCUUGUAGGUAGUAUUAUAUUUAGUGUUUGAUUUUGUAAAUUGCAAUUUAUUUUGACCUUACUUGUGGAACAUAAAUAAGUCAAUUUAAAUGGUUUUAAAGCAAGACCUUUUCAAACAUUAUUUUGUGACACUAUCGAAGCUUUAAAAGAAAAUGUUUCUGUGUAGUCAUGUUAAAGUGUGAGAUGCCUCUGAACAAGCACAUCAAAUAUAUAGUUACGUACUUGUAAUAUAAAAAUAAAAUGUAAUAUAAUGAAUCGUCAGCAUUGCACCUAGUUUA